AUGGCUUCCGGCUUCUUCGUCAACUACGCCGUGCCCUUGCCAAAGUACUGGGUGCACCCGACUCUCACGGAGGCAGACCCGACAUCCGAACCGGUUCUUAUCUUUUCAGCUUGUGGGAAAUUGACUGCCAAGGAGACGCUGGAAUCUCUCAGAUCCGUCGUACUCUUCACUCGUGUGCCGUUCCGAUGCAUCGUCGUCGCGGACUGGAUCGCCACAAAGGUGCUGAAAGAACUCCGUGGAACCAUGCCCCCUCACAUCCGGUUCCAAAUUGUGAGGCUCCACAAACCCAUCCCGUGGAUGCUGCGUCCCUCUUUAUAUAAACUUGCCCACCUGCCCUGCACAUGGCAAAGGCUCUACCUCCCCGACAUAGUGCCCGACGUCCAAUUCGCGCUCUAUGUAGACACGGACACGCUAUUCUUCGCAGACCUGAAGGAGGCGUGGGAGGAUUUCAAGAGCCUGGGACCUUCCCACAUUAUGAGCAUCGCAUUGGAAGAGGAGAACACUUCUCAACACUCUUCCUACCAGGUAAUGCGUCACGUCCCCUUCUAUGGGCAGACCGGAUUGGCAGCGGGGGUCAUGUUCUUUGACCUGGAGAAGAUGAGGCGCUCUGGGUGGGUCGACGAGGUCGAGGAGAUCUUGGUCAAUUACAACGCGUUCCUCAAGAUCUUCGACCAGGAUGUGAUUAACAUCUAUGGUCACCGUCACCCCGAAGCCAUCAAUAUAGUGACAUGUCGAUGGAAUUACAGGGUUAACCAUUGCCUAGUGAAAGACAACCGUUGCCCUUCGGCAGAACAGAAGGGGAUAGGGAUCUUGCACGGAGUAGUAGAUGCGUUCAAGACGUCCAAAAUCCCAGAGUUUUCGGCAGCGUUCAAGGUAAUCCAGGAAUGGGACCUGAGGGAACGAGACGUCAUCACGAUGGCAGACGAGAUGGACCGCCAGAUAGCCCGUCUCAUCCAUUGCCCAAUAAGCACGUGCGACCCCAAUGGACUCCAGAUCUUUUCCAAGGCCUUCCGGAUGAACGUCUCGCACGUAACCCAUGUGGUUCCUAUAGUUCACAGGCUAUCGAAUCCGAGUUGUUCAUAUCAGACUCCUGGCGAGUGAAGUGUAAUGUGGAAAUGCCCUGUGCUGGGCAUUAGGACAUGCUGUGUCUGAGGUGGGAAUUUUGUGGCAUUCAGGCCUUCUUUGUGCCUCUCUGGAUUUGUUCCCUUUCAAAGUAACCGGUGUCUUUAAUGUGGCGCAUCGAAAAUUCAAUCGGAGAAAGUGCUUCGGUUGGAUGCAGUACGGCGUUCGAAUCAUGCAACCAAUGCCUUUUUCUUAUUUGACCAAUACAUUUCGACUGGACCACGAUGUGCGCUAGACCUUUGCUUUUUCGCUUGAAUAUUUUCCUGAAGUAAAAUAUGAAGAAUUCAAUCAUGUGUAUCGGAUUGCAUUGCAAUCGGAAUAAGUGAAGCACGUAUUGGUUUCGGCAAUGCAAACCAUUGUAUUGCCUGAUUGCAGUAUUGCUACUGCAAUGCAAAGGUGCAGUUGUAAUAUUGCAAUCAUUCUACACCUCUAGAUUGUUAGUGAAUGACACAUUCAAUCAGUUUACCACUAAUUAAAAUAGAGCGGUGUUGAAUUUAUAUUUCCGCUCUCAUUUUCCGCUCUUGCGAUCAAAAUGAAAGCCAUGGUAACUUGAGAAAUAAAUUCUGUUUUAUUUAGGAAUACCAUCUACUGGAUGGUACACUGGCAAGGACGCAAUACCAUUGAAGUCAAAACAUUGAAAAUAUAUACAUGUUAUGGGUCCCUUUCUCACUAUGCAUUCGCACAUUUCAUUCUCCCGUUUAUGUAUGUUGUAG